AAAUAAUAGUAAUAAGCUUCUUAUUAGUAUUAGACUAUAAAAUGAAAUUAUUUUUUGUAUUAUUAUUAAUUAUAUCAUUAGUAUCUAAUGUAAAGUCAUUGUAUGAUUCAUCAACAUCAGGAGGUGAAUCAGAAAAUGUACUUGAUUUAAAGAGAAAUAUUUCUCAAUUAAUUGAGGCUAGAGGAUAUCCAGUCGAAAAUCAUCAAGCUAUUACACCAGAUGGUUAUAUUUUAUCUAUUCAACGUAUACCAGCAGGAAGAUACCAAAAUAACCCAAACCCAUAUGGAUCGAAUGGUAAACCAGCUGUUAUUUUACAACAUGGAGUUGAAGAUAUCGGUACUAGUUGGGUAAUUCAAGAGAAUGUUUAUCAAAGUUUAGGUUUUAUUUUAGCAGAUAAUGGAUUCGAUGUUUGGAUUAAUAAUGUUAGAGGAACUACCUAUUCAAACUCAAGCAUUUAUUUUGAUCCAAGUUCAAGAGAUUUUUGGGCUUUUAGUUUCGAUCAAAUGGCUCAAUACGAUUUACCAACUGUUUUAAAUUUGGUUUUAGAAACAACAGGAAAUAAAAAAGUUGGUUAUGCAGGCCAUUCACAAGGUACAACUAUGGCAUUCAUUGCAAUGUCCAACCAAACUAUAGCUGAAAAAAUUAAUCUUUUCAUUGCUUUAGCUCCAGUCGUCCGUGUAACCCAUUGUGAAUCAAAAUUAUUAGAUGUUUUAGCAGAAUUUAAUAUUGAUAUUUUAUUUGAAGUUUUAGGUGGUAAAUCAUUUUUAGCUGAUACUCCAUUCCUUCAAAAAUACUUACCAAUCAUUUGUAAAAAUAAACCAAUUUAUUGUCAAAAUUCAUUAGCUUUAAUUAUGGGUUGGGAUGAAGCCAAUAUUAACAACACUAGAUUACCAGUUUAUAUGGCCCAUGAACCAGGUGGCACAUCAGUACAAAAUGUUGCUCAUUGGGCUCAAGCAACUAAAUAUGGUUAUCAAAAAUUCGACUAUGGUGUUAUUGGAAAUUUAGCACACUAUGGCCAAGCUACUCCACCAAAAUAUAAUAUCUCUGACUUUAAAGUUCCAGUUGUUGUUUACUCUGGUGGUCAAGAUUAUUUAGCCGAUCCAACCGAUGUUAAUUGGUUAAUUCCACAACUCACCUCUUUAGUUCAUUGGAAGAAUAUACCAUCCUACUCUCAUUUAGAUUUUGUUUGGGCAGAAGAUGCCUAUCUUCAAGUUUAUGAUGAAGCUGUUCAAUAUUUAAUAAAAUAUGCAAAUACAUAAUAAAAUAAUAACAAUAUUUAUUUAUAAUUCAAAAAAUUUAUCAAUCGUUAAUAAUAAAAAAAAUAAAUGUAUCAAUAUCAAGAUUUUAUUAUUUG